GGUGCGGGGCGGGCGCGCUGCGGCGGUCGCUGCUGCUGCUUCCUCGGGCCAUUUUGCUCCGCGCGAAGAGACGAGAGGUGUAGAGCAGGGCUAGAGGAGGCGCGGACCAGAGGAAACGGCAGGCGGCGGGCUUCCCGCAUUCGCAGUGUCCGGAGGGGCUCAGCGAUCGCCGGCGAAGGGGGUCGGGGGCCCUUUCCCGGUCCCUGCAUCAUGAGCUGGGGCACCGAGCUCUGGGAUCAGUUUGACAACUUAGAAAAACAUACACAGUGGGGAAUCGACAUUCUUGAAAAGUACAUCAAGUUUGUCAAGGAGAGAACCGACAUUGAGCUCAGCUAUGCCAAGCAGCUCAGGAAUCUUUCAAAGAAGUACCAACCCAAGAAGAACUCGAAGGAAGAAGAAGAAUACAAGUACACGGCAUGCAAAGCGUUUCUUUCCACCCUGAAUGAGAUGAAUGACUAUGCCGGGCAGCAUGAGGUCAUCUCCGAGAACAUGACAUCACAGAUCACGGUGGACCUGAUGCGCUACGUGCAGGAGCUGAAGCAGGAGAGGAAAUCGAACUUCCAUGAUGGACGGAAGGCCCAGCAGCACAUCGAGACAUGCUGGAAGCAACUGGAGUCGAGUAAGAGGCGCUUCGAGCGGGACUGCAAGGAGGCCGACCGCGCCCAGCAGUACUUCGAGAAGAUGGACGCUGACAUCAAUGUGACCAAAGCCGACGUGGAAAAGGCGCGGCAGCAAGCUCAAUUACGUCACCAAAUGGCAGAGGACAGCAAAGCCGAUUACUCCUCGAUCCUGCAGAGAUUCAACCAGGAGCAGUGGGAAUACUACCACACCCACAUUCCCAACAUCUUCCAGAAAAUCCAAGAGAUGGAAGAAAGGCGGAUUGUGCGCAUCGGAGAGUCCAUGAAGACAUACGCGGAGGUGGAUCGGCAGGUGAUACCCAUCAUCGGGAAAUGCCUGGACGGGAUAGUGAAGGCGGCCGAGUCUAUCGACCAGAAAAAUGACUCGCAGCUGGUCGUAGAAGCCUACAAGUCAGGGUUCGAGCCUCCUGGAGACAUUGAAUUCGAAGACUACACCCAGCCGAUGAAACGCACGGUGUCAGAAAACAGCCUCUCCAGCUCAAAAGAAGGCAAGCCAGAGCUCAAGUUUGGCGGCAAGUCCAGAGGCAAGCUGUGGCCAUUCAUCAAGAAAAACAAGCUUGUGUCCCUUUUAACAUCCCCCCAUCAGCCUCCCCCUCCUCCCCCUGCCUCUGCCUCACCCUCUGCUGUUCCCAACGGCCCCCAGUCUCCCAAGCAGCAAAAGGAACCCCUCUCCCACCGCUUCAACGAGUUCAUGACCUCCAAACCCAAAAUCCACUGCUUCCGGAGCCUAAAGCGUGGGCUUUCUCUCAAGCUGGGUGCCACACCAGAAGACUUCAGCAACCUCCCACCUGAGCAGAGAAGGAAAAAGCUGCAGCAGAAAGUGGAUGAUCUCAAUAAAGAGAUCCAAAAGGAGACGGAUCAGAGGGACGCUAUCACCAAAAUGAAAGACGUGUACCUAAAGAACCCUCAGAUGGGAGACCCGGCCAGCUUGGACCACAAACUUGCUGAAGUCACCCAGAACAUAGAGAGACUGCGGCUGGAGACACAGAAGUUUGAGGCCUGGCUGGCUGAGGUGGAGGGCAGACUCCCAGCACGGAGUGAACAGGCACGCCGGCAGAGUGGGAUGUAUGAUGGUCAGACACACCAGACAGUCACUAACUGCGCCCAGGACCGGGAGAGCAGCCCAGAUGGUAGUUACACAGAAGAGCAAAGCCAAGAGAGCGAGCUCAAGGUGCUGGCCACAGAUUUUGAUGAUGAAUUUGAUGAUGAGGAGCCACUUCCUGCCAUAGGGACCUGCAAGGCCCUCUACACAUUUGAAGGUCAGAAUGAGGGCACCAUUUCCGUGGUGGAAGGAGAGACGCUGAGUGUGAUCGAGGAGGACAAGGGCGAUGGGUGGACUCGCAUCCGCAGAAAUGAAGACGAGGAGGGCUAUGUCCCUACUUCCUACGUCGAAGUCUAUUUAGACAAAAACGCCAAAGGUGCUAAGACUUAUAUUUAAUCCACUUAAAACAAAUACAAAAACCCUUAAAAGCAUUGGAGCUGUCUCUCCCAACCGCUUUGGCUGCCGUAGGCCUUCAAGAGGCCAGCAGAGAGCAAGUGAUACAGACACUCGGGGAACUGGGGGCAUCUCGUGCCUGAGUUUGCUUGUCCCCCUUGGCUGUGUGCAGAGCUGCCCCGGCCUGCUUACAACUGUGCUGUCUGGAAUCUCAUCAGUGUUUCCAUUCCUUUCAACAAAAAUAUGUAGAUUUUUAAAAUGUGUGGUGGUGGUUCAUACCUAUAAUCCCAGCACUCAGGAGGCUGAGUAAGGAGCAUCCCACCGAGUUUCAGGCUAGCCUCGGCUACACAGUAAGACUCAGUAGAAAUUAAGUAAAUGAACGUUAACAUUUGUUAUUUCAUCAAUGGAACUGAGUAAUGUCUCCCAGCCCUUUAGUAAAGAUGAUAACAUUUUCUUAGUGCCCAUGUCGAGUGUCCUUACAGUUGCUGCUCAGGCCCUUUUGUUGUCUGAGUGUCCCAAACAACCAAGAUAUGUCCAGAAAGGUGUGCUCCUUGAGCGAUUUAACUCUGACAUGACAUGACAGUCUUCUGGCUCCACCCGGCGGCCUCAGUCGAUGGUGGGGUGCCUUCAAGCUGGUGAGGCAGGUGUACAGCAGCUAGUUGCCCAACACCCUGGGGUCGUGAUGUUUCCAUACUCGGUUCUCUUCCUGCCAGAAGGUUUGCCGUGAGCAGAACCUGGUGUACCACUGCACGCAACAACCCUGCAAGUCCCUUUUUAAGAGGAAGGGUUUUUUUUGUUUGUUUGUUUUUUUAAUCUUUGGCAACUAUAAGACCCAAAGUUUGAACUUCCUAGGCAUCAUUUGUGGUUUCUGGCACAUUUGAUCUGGCUAACUACAGUCAGAAUAAAAUAAACAGUCUCCGUGUUCUAAAGGAAUCUGGGCCAUGCGGGAAUUUGCAUUUUUAAGUCAGUGCUGAUACUGGAGGGGAGAGAGUGGGAUUGGUGAUAUCCAGAAGUGGUCCAGGAUUGAACUGUGUCCAUCAUGACCUCAAAGUCACCAGGGAGCUCCAUCCAUCCACAUCUGAUCCUUUUGUUGUUGUUGUUGGAGACAGGGUUUCUCUGUGUAUUUCUGACCAUCCUGGAACACGCAUUCUGUAGUCCAGCCUGGCCUUGAAUUCAGAGACCCACCUGCCUCUACCUCCCAAGUGCUGGGAUAAAAGCAUGUGCCACCACCGCCUGGCUCACAUCUGGUCCUUCCUGUUUGACUUUGGAAAUUAUUUACAUCUUAUUAAGCACAAAAUAGAUCUUUGCCUCUAUAUUAGGGGCUCAUUUUAAUAAGCUGUUUUGUUUGUUUGUUUGUUUUUAUUGUGGUUGGGGAUGGGAUCAGGCCGUGUGCUCGCUGGCAGAUUCACUACCACUGAGUUGUAGCCCCUGCAAUGACUCUAAAAGUGACAGCUAUACCUCUGUCUGGGCUCAGGAACCUGAAACAGUUUCAAGAUUCUGGCAAUGAUUUCUCCUGAAUUUCACAAGGGCCUGUGAAGUGUCAUUGAGCAAGCUGUACUUACCAACCGCCUGGCUCUUAAAGACUUUUUUACUUUUUUUUUUUUUUUUUAGCCAGUGUCUUGCUAUUAGCCAGUGUCUUGCUAUGGAACCCAGGCUAGCCUUGAACUCUGUCUCCCUGUCUCAGUCUUGUGAUUGCUAUGCUAAAGACAAUAUUUUGAAGUAGUGAUGGGCUCUUGGCAGUUACAAAGGUGGCACAAAGGGUCCCAUGCCCUCUCCAAGGCCCCAGCAGCCAUACCUCACAGUCUAGUACAGUCUCAGAAAUAGGAAGCUGCCCCAGCCCACCUGACAUUCAGUGCACGUUAAUUUUGUAAUUCGUGUUUCGUGUAACUUUCGCUGUCACAGUGUAUUCAAAGUCAAUCAUCCCGGGGCCCCUUCAGGUGAACAGCUUGCUGGGUUGAAAUGGAGGGGUUUCCCUUGUGUAAGUUAGGGUGGUCACAGUUUUAAGUGUGUGUUGCUAAACCGAACCCUAGCAUCCUAACAUGAAUGGGCCCAACACUGUCUGCGCUGAGUGAUACUGGAUAGCUCCCGCCUCCUUAGUGGUAAUGAUAGAAAUUCCUCCUAUAGUCUGCUGUCCGAAAAGGGAGAUUGGAGAUGUGGUUAGGGGAAGAUGGCUCAGCAGAGACAGGCAUCUGUCCCCAAGCCUGGGUCUCACAUGGCUGAAGCAAAGGACCACCUCCCAAGAGUUGACCUCUGACUUUCCUAUGCCAUGACACAUGUGCUUACCCACACAAAGCAAGCACAACUCAGUGUAAGAACCCAGAGAGCAGGGCGGUGGGGGCACACGCCUGUAACCCCAGCCCGAUCUCUGUGAGGUCAAGGCUGGCCUGAAACGGCCAGCCAGGGCUACAUAGUGAGACCUUGUCUCAAAACAACAGAAAAUAAAUAAAUAAAUGCAUAGAGGGAGAGAUGAGCUGUCUGUAGCUUUUUCCUGUUAUUUGGAAGGUAUAUCUGAGAUUAACAGUCACCUGGGAGCUAUCCCCAGCCUGGGGGCAAGUAUCAUCCCACCUAGCCUCUCCCAAACCUUGUUCCCCAUGCUCCAAACCCCUACAAGUCCAGUUGCUGCUCCCCAACUCCCAAGAAUUCAAAGCAGCUCUUGGGUUUUUUGGGGAGGGGGGUUCCAAACAGGACCUGGAACUUGCUCUGUAAACCAGGCCAGCCUCAAACACAGAGACUUGACUGCCUCUGCCUCCGGGAUUAAAGGUGUGUGCCCGCCACUGCCCAGCUGCACCUUCUGGAUUUUUAUAAAAGAAUGCCAGGGCACUUUCUGUAUAUGUGUGUGGUAUCUAUGACAUACUUAAUCAUUGCCAAAAUCCUAGAUUACUCUGAGUCUCGUGGGGUAAUGUUGCUUUUUACAUCACCUUCAUUGAACACGCCCAUAAUCCUGCCCCGCAGGGGAUAUUUGUAUAUAUUGCAAUUUGAAAACUAAACAGAUUCUUUGAAUAGUGUUGUUUUAGUCUUUUACCUAUCUGAUUUAUUUGUUAUUCUUCUGCCUAACCACUUUUUGUUUUUAUAACUAUUGGGGAGGCCCGAGGACU